AUGCCUCCCCCUAUUGAAGAUAUCUCCGACGAGGAGUCUGGCGACAUUCCCUUUGACAAUAAGAAUGGCGCAAACGACGAUGUGAUCGAGAAGGACGAGGCGGAGGCCGAGGACGAUGAAGAAGAUGACGACGAGGUUGAAGACGAGGACGUUUAUGUUGUUGAGAAGAUUCUCGAUCAUGCGUGGAUGGACAACGGCUCUUUCAAGCUUCAAGUCAAGUGGAAGGGUUGGGAAAGGCCGGAAGACCUGACCUGGGAACCCGAGGCCUCAUUGAAGUCGGGCGCUAAGCAAAUUUUAGACGCUUAUUACAAGAAAAUCGGUGGUCGUCCCCGGAAAAAUGCUGCGAAACCAGUCGCCAAAGCUGGACCGGGCCGCAAGCGUAAGUCGACUAGUGACGCCAAAGAACCCUCGGCUUCUACGGAGCCUACCGAGUCGAAACGAGCACGACGAAAGUCUUCAGCACCCGCAACAGAGGAUUCCAACCCGGAGGGAGGACUCGAGGCUGAAGAGAACGACUUCUCCUGGACCCCCAAAGGCAAGGAUUGGGGAAGCCAGCUUGAUCGAGUUGAUACUAUCAUCAGGGACCAGGAGAGCAAAUCAUUAUUUGCGUUCCUACUUUGGAAGAAUGGGCGCCGCUCUCGAGUCGCAUUGGAAACCUGCUAUGAGAAGUGUCCGCGCCAGAUGCUUCAAUUCUACGAAAACCACCUGUGUGUUAGCCCUGCAGCUUUUACAUUACGCUUUGUCCGGUGA